UUCCUUCACGUGAAGCGCGAAUGGAAUCAGAGUGCGGACCAGUUGGCUAGUGCAGCGCUGCAACGAGAAGAAGGCGAAAUAGUCACCUCAGCGGACGAUCGCCAGGACUUGAUCACCCUGAACCGACUGGGCGAAAUGCUGAAGCCAAAGUUGAUCGAGACAGUCGUCAGCGUAAACGCGAUCACGCGAGCUGCUGAGAGACAACGACGCACUCCGAAAGCGAUGGACGAAGCUAUCAUACAGCGCAUACGGUGUCAGAGGAUUAGGCAAGCUCAGGAUGAAGAGAAGUGGAUUGCUGAUCUGAAGAAGUACCUGGACGGGCAAGUGAAUGUCUUGACGGCAGAAGAGGCGAAAAUAUGCUCGAAGAUGGCCGCGUAUUACGAAGUGGACGACAACGGGCUACUCUUCUUUUGCCCCAAAACGCUGCAACGAGGCGAAGACCGCGACGGUGUCGUCAGGAUGGUGAUACCCGACAGCUUGCAGCGAGACUUCCUUCACCAUUAUCGUGCCAGUCUUGAAGGAGGCCAUCAUAGCGUCGGAAGGACGUACCGGAGGAUCCAAGCGAACUUUCACUGGCGUGGGCUGUAUCGCAGUGUACAACGUUAUGUGGGAGAAUGCACCGAUUGCGAAACCGGGAAGGGAAAGCCAACCGGUCAAGGAGAAUCACUAAUCACCAGGAAACAUCCAGGGAAACACCGAACUGCUGAUUUGGGCCGACUUGUUCACCGGUUACGUAAUAGCCAAGGCUGGUCCGUCGAGAGAGGCGCAGGCGAGGAAUGCGUCUUCCGUCGUUUCGGCGCAAGCGAAGUCAUCAGACAUGACCGGGAGCCUGGCUUUAUGUCGGACUUCUUCCGUGCCUUCAACCGGAUCGUAAAACUGAGACAGAGCGCGACGAUGGCUUACCGUCCACAAGGGAACGGCAAUGCCGAGCGAAUGACAUUUGCGUUGAAUACGGCACAUGAUCAAACUCUGACACGAGAUCCGAAGAUGUACGUCGCAGACGUCAACCAAAAAGACUGGGAUGACUAUGCAGAGCGGCUGACAUUUGCGUUGAAUACGGCACAUGAUCGAGUGAGGGGAGAAACGUCGUUCUUCUUAGUCCAUGGAUGGGACCCGCGGUCGACACUUGAAGCAGUUGUUUCGGUGGGAUCGACACGCCGCCGCGAUUGCGAUGCACGGAGAUGGAGGUACCACAUACAGGGUCAAUACCGCAGAGCCAGGGAAGCGGUUAAGUCUAGAGCUGACCAGCACAACGAUAACGUCAGACCACACCGGAUUGAGGAAGGCACACAGGUAUGGCUGUACCUGUAUCGCGUAAAGGAAGGCUACACCCGCAAGCUCGCACAUGUGGCAUGGACCGUUCCGCGUCACCGAGCUGAUCGGCAAUCACGCAGCUCGUCUCGAGACUGCAGGAUCAGGGUAUCGAAUCUUCCCGAUAGUACAUCUGUCGAAGCUGAAGCCAGUGCGAACGUUCCCCGAUCGGCCAAAGACGACGAUCGGGUACACUUCGACGAAGAACUGCUACCUGACGAUAGCUGGGACACUCCGUUGGACGAAGACGAAUUCGAGGUGGAAUGGAUCGCGGACGUACGGUCAGGGAGACGCACCCGAUAUGGGCGGGGACACCACACGAGGAAGGGGUGA